UCGAGCCACUCGCCGCCUCCGCCGCGGCCACCUUGGCUCCACGAUUUUCACGCUGCGGCUUCGCCUCACGUGUUGCAGUUCCUAAAUCUGAGUGGUGGGGGCAUGCUAGCGGCUAGCCAACCGCUUGCCGCGCUCCACUCGAUGGCCGAACGGAGCCAUCAGCACCAACAACAACAGCAGCAAUUGCAGCAGCAGCAUGCGGCUCAGCUUCAGCGGCAGUCUAUUGGACUGGGGCAGAUAAAUUCAACACCUCCGCAGGGCCAAGCGUCGCCUACUGGCAGUGGAAAACAUAGCCCAGCUACUUCUGUUACUUCGGUAGGCAGCAAUCCGCACGGUAUUGACAAUAUUCUAUCCCGGCCCGCUGCUACUCAUCCUCAGGUUCCUUCUUCGGCGGCUCACGCGCUCGCGUCUACUCCCAGCCAUCCGCAGCACUUGGCUGCGCCGAGAUAUGGAAUGCAUGCGGGUUUCACUGCUUCUGCAGGACUCGGACAGUUUCAACAGAGGACAGAAGCUCGACAUCCGGCUGUUUACUGGCCAGGAUUGCAGGGACUUGUUAGUGAUCCUCUGGCAUGGCGAGCUCGGUUACAUUCCUUGUCACAGCAGUUGGGAUGUCAACAAGCGAUGUCAGGAGCUGCUGGUGGUGGUGCCGGCGGUGAGCAUGAUAACGGCAAGAAGAAACACACAAGACCGACAUUUAGUGGACAGCAGAUAUUUGCUCUGGAGAAGACAUUUGAGCAGACGAAGUAUCUUGCUGGACCAGAACGUGCUAAACUAGCUUAUGCUCUGGGAAUGUCCGAGUCACAAGUUAAGUUACUGUGUUUUGAAAUUGGGCAGCCGGGUACUUGGAUCUCCUUAAAUAAUCCAAACUGA